GAUAAAUAAUUGAAUCAGAUUUGAAUGACUCGUACAUAGUAGACGUCCACACUAACCGGAAAAAAAAUCGUUCAAUAGCCAUUCAUAAUACAGGAUAUCGUUAAACGUUCCUAUACUCCAACUCAACAGGACCUGUCAGUCUCUGAAGAUAUAGCACGAAUAUUGGUUGCACUGUGAGACUCAUUGAGACCUCGUUUCCACAAUGUUGUUGGUUCUUGGUUUCUAAUUGAAGAUUGGUCCAAAAUGAGAACGGCUUUUUGGAUUAGCAUCCUUUGGAGUUUGGGACAAUGGGGCUUGGGUUCGACGAUGCUGCCACCCUUGAAAUUCUUGGAUGAUUUCGUGCAGGAACACAGCUUGCUUGGAACUGUUUUGUAUAUCCCGUUGAGUAAAUUUUCAAAUGACAUCAUACCCUAUAGGAAGCAAGCCAGGACCAAGGUCAUGAAGGUGGUUGAUAUGGACAAUCCCAAGAUUAGAAAGCAGAAUCGACAGAAUAUUGUUGAUUUACAAGUGGUUUUGGAUUUGAAUUCUUCAGUCUCAUUUUUGGCGGAUAUGAUAGGAUCUCAAACCAACAACGAUUACUGGUUGAUUGGCGUGACUGGAAUGAACAUUCCGGUCAUUAAAAGCAUUUUAGAUACGUUCGCCAUGGUACUGGAUGAUCAGAUAUAUUUGUAUGACAUCCAAGACACUCGGAUUAUCCUUUAUGAGGCCUAUAAGGUUCAUGCCACAAAAAAGGCUAGAUUCCAAAGGAUCGGAUAUUGGAGCACUUCAGAGCGUCUUCAGAUACAAAAUGAUGAAAUUUGGCAACGCCGGGCCGAUUUGGAGGGCAUUGAAUUUAAGAUCGCCACAUUGUAUUCGCCACCCUAUCUAACGGCUAAGAUACCCAUUAACCAAUCGGAUUCUGGGGCCCCGGGAAGUUAUGCCAUGGCGGGAAUGUUUGCAGAUGUAUUCUUAAAUCUAAAGGAGAUAAUGAACUUCACUUUUGUGGUGACCAAGCCCGAGGAUGAACAAUGGGGUGCUGUGAAUAGUGACGGAAUCACUUGGUCAGGAAUGGUGGGAAUGCUACAAAACAAGGAGAUUGACAUGGCUAUCACGGAUUUCACGGUGACUGUGGAGAGGUCACUUGUGAUUACUUUUGCAGAACCAAUCACUCAGAUAUAUCAUAGUUUGUUCAUUAAAAAUCCAACGGGAACUCCUCAUUAUAUGGCUUAUGUGGAACCUUUACAUUGGAUGGUUUGGGGUACCUUAGGACUUCUUAUUCUCUUCACCCCACCAGUAUUGUACUUAUCUGCAAGUUUUGGAUCGUACGACGUAAAUAGACGCGAAUUCACUUUGGGGAAAUCUUACGUUUUCACUACUGGUGUUUUGACCUCCAGAGGCUGGGACCUCUCACCAUCGUCCUUGAAGGCCAGGGUGGCUUUCUUCAGCUUGUUGUUGGGUGGAACCCUGGUGUUCUGGCAUUGGGAGGCCAUGUUGAUCUCUUACUUGGCCACUCGGGUCAUUGUUCUUCCAUUUGAAUCCCUGCAAGGCCUGGUGGAGGGCUCAGACUUCAGAAUUUCCCUCACACCUGGGUCCUCGUACAUGGAUGCUUUCAAGCAAAGUCAAGACCCUUUGUGGCAAAAGGCGUGGAAAGAUCGAAUUGAAACCAACCUGGCCACUUAUCCCAAAAGUACCGAUGACCAUACCAAAAGUAUCCUACGAGACACUUCCUUGGCCUAUUACGAUAAUUUCUUCGCAGUGAGGACUCUCCCCGUUUUUGCGGAUUGCGAGAUAAUCGCCAUUCCCGCCAAGUACGAUGUAAAGCCUUAUGCCUACGGAUUUCAAAAGGACUCUCCCUACUUGGGCCUCUUCAAUCACUACUUGAAACAACUUCGUGAACGAGGAACCACCAAAAAGAUACUCGAAAAAUAUGACAGCCGACCGCAAGUCUGUCCAGAUUACAGUGGAAAACCCUUGGGACUGAACAAUUGCUUCACGGCAUUUGUGUGCCUAAUCCUGGGCUUGUUGGUCGGACUAGCCCUAUUAGUCAUUGAAAAAUCGGCUCAAUUGAUAUCUGAUUUCACUGGUCUCAGCUUCAAUUGGCUUUAUUCAUAUGGAAAGAUGGAUCCACUCAAGGAAGAUCAGGUCAUUAUGGAAGAUGCAAAUCUUGAUUUUAUGGCCAAAGUGAUCAUUCAGGAGAAGAGUAAACGCAUUCGAGAUCUUGAGGACCAAUUGAACCUUUACCAAAACGGAUCAGGGGAAUCAAAAUCCAGCCUUUCUCUGCGAAGAAGAAGAAAAGAGCGAAUGAUUGAAGGAAGCAAGCCAAGACAGGGGAUAUUUGGUUAUUAUUAGAGCGAACCAAGCUGGACCACAGGUUCCGGAACAAAUGAAGUCCGAAAUAUUUGGUUGAUUUCGCUUUUAUUUAUUUGAAGAUGAUUUGUAAAAAUAUAUUUAUGUGCAAAUA